CCACAGGGUCUGUACCAGUCGCUCUCCAAUUCCGCCGCUGAAGACAUUUCACAUUGACAUUCUUUCAAUUCUCUCAAUUCUCCCAGUUUCUCAAUAUUUCCCGUCAUGGGGUCGCAAAACAAUAUUUCCGCCUACGUGCUGGGCGUGGGGCUGACCAAGUUCAUUAAGCCCCGCGGCCAGCGUCAGUAUCCGGAAAUGGGCUUCGAAGCCGGUGUAAAAGCAAUGCUCGACGCGCAGAUAAACUACGACGACGUAGAGACUGGUGUUGCAUGUUACUGCUAUGGAGAUACUACUAGCGGUCAGAGGAUAUUCUACCAGUUCGGAAUGUCAUCAAUACCAAUAUAUAACACAAACAACGCCUGCGCCACCGGCUCGACCGGCAUACAUCUCGCGCGCACCCUUAUCAAGAACGGCGCCAUCGACUGCGCCCUUGUCAUUGGCUUCGAGCAAAUGUCUCCUGGUUCCAUAAAAUCCGUCUGGCACGACCGGCCGUCACCUAUGGGCCUUUCGAGGCGCAUGAUGGCCGAUACCAGAGGCAUUCAAAAGUCACCGCCUAAUGCGCAAUACUUUGCCAAUGCUGGGAAGGAGUACAUGGAGAAGUACGGGGCCGAGGCUAGGGAUUUUGCUGAGAUUGCCAGAAUAAGUCACGAGCACAGCCAGCGGAAUCCGUAUGCGCAGUUCCAGCAGAGAUAUACGUUGGAAGAGAUUCAAAAUGCGCCGAUGAUCGAGUGGCCGUUGACCAAGCUGCAGUGUUCGCCGACCUCAGAUGGAGCCGGAGCUGCGGUCAUUGUGUCCCAGAAAUUCCUGGACGCCCGGCCGUACUUGAAGCCUCAGGCUAUCCUAAUUGCCGGCCAGACGCUAUUCACAGACUCCCCGCAACUAUACUCCGAGUCCAGCAUGGAUCUGGUUGGAUACGACAUGACGAAGCGGGCUGCCCAGGCUGCGCUAAAGGAGGCCGGUGUAUCAUCGAAGGAUAUCAAAGUCUGCGAAGUCCACGAUUGCUUUUCCGCUAAUGAAUUGAUCCUCCUCGAAGGCCUUGGAUUUAGCGAGCCUGGAAAGGCACAUGAGAUGGUCCGACGCGGCGAUAUCACCUACGGCGGCAGAGGUCCUAUUGUGAACCCCUCCGGAGGAUUGAUUUCUAAAGGACAUCCCCUUGGGGCGACAGGCCUGGCUCAGUGUGCCGAACUAACAUGGCAGCUUCGAGGAUGGGCGAAUAACCGGCUUGUCGAGGGUACUGACGUUGCCCUACAACACAACUUAGGAUUGGGAGGAGCCGUUGUCGUGACGGUAUACAAGCGAGCUGAUGGAGCGAAGAAUCCAAAACUGAGUGAUGAUGACGUUAAGAAGUCCAGCCAAUUUACGUACAACCCAGCUGUAGAAGCGAGGUAUGUUUCCAGGGAAGAUGGUGAGAAGGUGAGGAGUAGAAAAAACCGGAGCGCAUAUGCCUUGGGCGAUACAGAGGAGAAGAUCCAGAGCAGACUGUAG